AUGGGACGCAAAAAGCGUGACUAUAAAGGUAUCAAAAACAGCGCCCGCAAGGGUGCCAACAAGGGCGGCGACAAGGGUGCUAGCAAGCCCAAAUUCCUCUAUGGCUUCGACAGAUACGCGUUCGACGAUCCGGAGACUGCUCCUUUGCGGAAAAAUGUUCAGGGCAAGCUCAUGGCCUCCAAACUUGUCAAGCCCACAUACACCAAAAUGGAGAAACACUUGGCCAUAUUCUGCGGAAGGUUGACUAAAGCCGAGAGCGUUGGUACCGGCUACACCGAGCUCGACCGCUGCGCCUUGUUCAUCGACUCUCUUCCCCUUGAGGUUCCCGAGUUCUCUGCAGCCUACGCUGCUUUUCGAGAAAGCGAUGCGCCUACGUGGAACGAGUGUCUGGGAAUCUACAAGUCGUUACUCGCCUUGCGAACCCCUCCGAAUCCUCCGAAGAAACUUGUCACUGGGGGUAAAGAGCGGAAGGGAAAGAAGAAUAAGGGGGCCCCGGGACUUUGCCCUCGUUGCAAAACAAACUGGCAUCAGGGAUCGGGCUGCCCAGACUCGAAGAGAUCCACGAGCCCCGAGACUGAAAAUGAGAGCGUGAUGGACGGGGAGAAUAAGGAUGAGAGGGAAGACGCGGGGGUACACGUGACUGGAGUGGAGGACUUUGGGUCUGGUGCAGAGUCUGAAGACUUUGUCGAGAACAGCGUCGAGAAUAGAAGGUAA